AUGCUGGCUACGUCAAUCAAGAGGCCCCGUGACAAUACGUUUAACCACAAUGACCUUCCAAAUAACCCUUCCCAGCACCUGAAUUCAACAGUAAGUCAACCACGCAAGAAACGUGCCAUGAUGACCCAGGUUCCUAUGGAUGAAAAUAAAGAAGACUCGGUCCUGGCUUCAGAUGAAGAGUACGACUCACAAGAGUCAGACACAGAAGAAUACCCAGGCGACGAUGGGAUCUCUCCAGCACCAGGGGGGGUUAUCGAACAUUUAAGUUUGAAAAAUUUCAUGUGCCAUGAUUCAUUUGAAUUGAGCUUAGGUCCUCAAAUUAAUUUCAUUAUUGGGAGAAACGGGUCAGGUAAGAGUGCUAUUCUAACAGGAAUUUCAGUUGGAUUGGGUGCUAAAGCUCAUGAUACUAACAGAGGAAGCUCGAUACGAGACUUGAUUAAAGAUGGCAAACUGACAUCCCGUAUCAGCAUCACUUUAAAGAACGAGGGCCCUAUAGCCUACAAACCGGAAGAGUUUGGUAAAAAAAUCAUAAUCGAAAGAAAACUACAAAGAGUUGGGGCCAACACAUAUGCGAUAAAGAAUGAGAGUGGAAAGACAGUCUCACACAAGAAAGCAGUAUUGGAUGAGAUUCUCUUCAGGUUCAAUAUUACAGUGGACAACCCAUUGGCUUUCUUGUCUCAAGAUAAGGCACGUGAAUUCUUGACUAGUGCGACUGCAAAAACCAAAUUCGAAUACUUUAUGUCUGGUGCUUACAUCACUGAUAUUUAUCAAAAUUACGAUGAGAUUAAAAGAAACUUACUUGACGUGAAAAGUAGGUUGAAGCAUGCGGAGAAAUAUACGGAAGUUUGCCAGGCUGAAUUCGAACGGGUUGCUCAAAUGCAAAAUGCUCAUAGAAAGAACGAUCAUUUCAGGGCGCUCGCGAAGAAAAUAACUGGAAAAGUUCAUUGGUUCAAUGUUCAACAAUUGGAGAACAAAAUGGAGGAAUACGUUGCGAAAGUUGCCGAUCAAGAGUCACAAGUGGAAAUUUUCAAGCAGCGUAUACAGCAUUAUGAGCAGGAGAUUAUAAAGGAGCAGCCACAAGAGGAAAUUAUCCGGGAAAAAGUAAGAACCGCUGAAGCCGAUCUCCUGUCUGCGACGAAGCGUUAUGAAGAAGCUAAGGAGGAACUACGCACUUUGAAGUUUCAGCUUGACAUUAUAAAAGAAGAUAUGAAAAAGAAUGAGCGGGAAAUAAAAAACUUGAAUACGAAUAUUCAGUACACCCAAAGCAAACUCCAGAAUGAACGAAGGAAAAUCGAGGAACAAGAAGGUGGAUCAAAGGAAGAGAUUCGAAACCAAUUGGCUGAAGUUGAUGAGCAACUUGCAAAAAGCGAAGAGGAUAUGGCCGUAUGCAGACAAAAAAUGAAAGCAUUGCAGUCGAAUCCUGAUUCUAGGCUAGAAGAGUUGACACUGGCUAGAGAUGCGUCUGGUCGUAACUUAAGGGAACUCCGUUCUAGACAAGCGGAGUUGGAAAAGGAACAGUUUUCAAGAUACACUCCAUGGGACGCACGCAAAAUUCAGGGUGUUAUGCGUGAUAUUGACCGAUGCCAGUGGCAAUCCAAACCGAUUGGUCCCUUGGGUAGCUACAUUACUGUUAAGAGGGAAUUUCAAAAUUGGAAACCGCUUUUAGAUGCAAUUUUGAGUAAGAGCUUGGAUGCAUUUAUCGUGCGUGAUGAAAGAGAUAGAGCGCAAUUGGACAGGAUUUUGAAACAGCACCAUAUGUCCCAUAACAUCAUUGUUCGUAAAACAGAACGUUAUCAUUAUGAGAGUGGGAAAGCAAAAGCCACAACGGUUUUGGACAUGCUAAACAUCAGUGAAGAUGCAGUGUUGUAUGCACUUAUUGAUAACAGUUCGAUUGAAAAGUUGGUGAUUGCUCGAUCUGCUGAAGAAGCAAGAAAAAUGUGCUAUGAGCCAAAUGUUUAUGGAGCCUUGACGCAGUUUGGAAACUCUUCGGGGAGUAGAGUAAGUCGUCAAGGGAGUGUCCUUAGACUGGAUCCUGUAUAUUACCUGGGGAAACUUCCUAGAUUUGGAACGGAGAACAAAGAAGAGCUAUUAAGUGAGUUGAAGGACGAGAUCAACAUGGAAAUUCAGAAUCAACAAAGCAUGGAACGAGAGUUGAGAGGGCUCAAACUGAACGUUGAUAGUGAGAGAGAAAAGUUGUAUCGCGAACAAAAUGAAUUGAGGCGCCUUGUGGAUAGUUUGAGGCGUAAAAAGGCUGUAUUUGAGGACAAAAUUGACAAGGAGAUUGAUGAGUCGAAUAUCUUGAAAUUGCAAUUGAGAAUUGAAGAAGACACUGCCCAGGUGAGUCGACUUGAAGGUGUCCAUGAAUCACUUGAAGAACGUUUAGAGGAGGACAAUGAAAAAUACAAUGCUAGCGCUCAAUCUCGAAAGAGUAUCAAGGAAGAUGUUGAAGACAAGAAUUCCAAAUUGCAUAUUGCGGUAACAGCAUUAGAAACUCACCAAGAGUAUAUCAAAAAGAUAAGAGAUGAGAUUGUUGAGUUACAGGAAAAGAAGCAAAUACUCAUUCAAUCUAUUGAAAAGAUAAACACUAAGAUGCAACGAGCUAAAGAAUUGAUAGAACAAGAAUCUCAAGUUGCACAAGAAAAAUGUAAUCGAGACGAAGUCAUCAUUACCGAAGGUGAUACUCAAGAGACUAUAAGAGAAGAGUUUGAUGAGGUUCAGGAAAAGAUCAAGAAGGGAGAGCAAGCUUUAGGAACGACUUUGGAGGAAGUGCUAAAGGCAAUGGAAGCCGCCGACAAGAAGCGAGAAGUGGCAUUGGCAAGGGAGGGUGAAUUGAAGGACCUAAUUCAGCGAAUGGAUCGAGAGAUUGCUGUGCGUGUCGCAUUCUUUGAAGUUACUAUCAAGCACGCCGUGCUGAUAGCCAAACGAUCAUUUGAAGAUUCUAUGGAGAUCAGAGGAUUUAGAGGGGAACUAAUGUUGGAUUUCGAGCAGGGAACAUUGGAUUUAUUAGUCAAGACCAAGACUGAUGACAAGAACCGUACUGUUGAGUCCCUCUCUGGUGGUGAGAAAUCGUAUACGCAAAUUGCACUCUUGUUGGCCAUUUGGCAAACGAUGAAUUCAAGGAUUAGAGGAUUGGAUGAAUUUGAUGUUUAUAUGGACUCGGUGAAUCGAUCUAUUAGUAUCAAGUUGCUCCUUCAUGAGUUGGAUAGGUAUUCAAAGUCGCAAAACAUUUUUAUCACUCCGCAGGAUAUUGCGGUUGUUGGUAAUUUGACAGGUGAUAAUGUCAAGAUCCACAAGAUGUCUGAUCCAAGACGGGACAAUUGA